AUGAAACUCGGUGUGGAAGGUGCGAAGCGGGUUAAGAAGUUUUUCUAUCGCAUUCCAGUCACGGUCCUGCAGGAUACUGUGAAGUAUGAUUGUUUCACGAUUGGGGGUUCGAACCGGAAUACUACGACUGUAGCCACGGCAGCCGGUUCCAGUUCCAGGCCUGCCGUUGCUUCUUCGUCCGUCCCUGUGUACGAGACAGCGGUCCAACCGGUCGCCUCCCCGUCUUUUGCUGUUGAUCUCAAUGACGGAGUAGGCGACGUGGUAGGAUCAUUUGAUGUUCCGCCGAACGGUUUACAGGGCGUUCCACCAGUGGGCGUCGGAGACGGAUUGUUGGAUGAUGCAGAGGCGGACGACGUCGAGCCGGAUAUGAUUGAGGAUGACAGCGGCGACGAUGUCGGACCGAGUGAGCCUGCAUUGGCGGUCGGUGGUUCUAGUUCUGGCACACAGCAGUAUCCACCAUAUUUUUCCUCUUUGGACCUGGACGCCAUGAGGCAGGAGGGUGUUUCAGGCAUCCGGCGAGGGGUACAGUACAAGGUAGUGGAGUCUGAUCAUCGCCGUUAUGUGGGCAAGUGUUCUGAGUUUGGGAAUGGGUGCACCUGGUUGAUUCGACUGAGCCUCAGGCAGCGCAAGGGCAUUUGGGAGGUUAAACGGUACAAUGGACCUCACACUUGUCUUGCGACCUCCAUCUCGAGUGACCACAGGAGCUUGGAUUAUCAUGUGAUUUCGGCGUUCAUUAUGCCAAUGGUCAGGGCCGAUGCAUCCGUCAGCAUAAAGGUACGGAACGUAUCUGUCAUCGAGGACCAUGCCCUGCUGCCGCCGCAUGCUCCUGAUGCAUCGCUGAGGCUGCGGAAGAAAUGA